UAAAUCUGUGAAAUGGUCAAGCAUUCCCAACUACGAGUUGUACUAUGUCCGAGAGGGGAUAAUCAACACCUAUGCACUCUCCUUUAACUUACAGCUACAAAAAGACAUUGACACAAUUCGCUUCAAGUGGCAAAGCCUUAGAAAGCAGCCUGCAAUGUUCUACAGUCUGUCCAUCAUUGUGUCCAACCCCAGAGCAAUGAGGCUUCCAGAGACCAAGAAUAUCUCCAGGGAAGGCGGGGAGGUGCCCACAUCUCUCACACCCUUUGCCAUCACAUUACCCUGCAGUGGCAGCAUGUCCGUGGAGGUGGACGUCAAAAUUCAGAUGAAUGUCAGCAUUUUCUCCGCCUCCAACCUGACCACCAUAGAAAUCAAGAGGAAGAAGACAUGCCUUAAGAGAGAUCACCUGGUACUGGACCCUGGCGGUGGGGACAGAGGUCGCUCACCUGAACACCAUGCCAAUUAUACCAUUCUUCAUUCAGACACUGGAAAGAAGAGUGUUCCUCCAGCUUCCACCAAUGUGUUCUAUAUUGCUGUAGGAGUGGCCUGUACAGUUAUACUUAUUAUUGCCUUAGUGGUGGCGGUGGUCUACUUACGGACACAGAAGUCAGCCAAUCACACAGCCAUGAGUGACGCCAGCAGCUUCCAGACCCUGUCUCAACAUGGCGGCAAUAACACCUACCUCCGCCCCGACACCCCCAAUAAUGCCAGCGUGGCAAGUCUUCCAAACAUGCGCCGCGGUCUUUCCCCGGUGAAUGAGGUCAAGCCACCAGAUGUCUAUAGUGUGCUGUCAGAGAUUGCGUUGGAGAGAAACCGUAUUACACUUGGAGAAAUAGUGAUGGAGGGAACAUUUGGUAAAAUAUACAACGGCUACUUGCUAGGAGAAGAUGAGACAGAGAAAACUUUGGAACAAAAAGUUUACAUAAAAACAGUGACAGACCAAGCUCGGCAGGACCAGAUCCAGACCAUGUUAAAGGAGAGCUGCCUGCUGAAAGGGUUGUGUCACCAGAAUAUUAACCCCAUCCUGGGGGCGUGUCUGGACCCCUCCUGUCAGCCACUGCUGGUGUUUGCACAGCUGGAUGAGGGAAACAUGAAAAAGUUCUUACACAGGUGUAAGGCCCUGAGCACCCAGCAGCUGGUCUACAUUGCCAUACAGAUCAUACGUGGAGUCCAGUAUUUACACAGAAAAAGAAUCAUUCACAAAGACAUAGCAGCCAGGAACUGUAUAAUCGACCAUAAUCUUGGUAUCAGGCUCACGGACAUGGCGUUGAGUCGAGACAUUUUCCCCAAUGACUACCACUGCCUAGGAGACAAUGAGAACCGACCAAUCAAAUGGCUGGCUAUUGAAGCUCUCGUUGAUCGAAAGUUUUCGCAAGCCAGUGAUGUGUGGUCAUUUGGGGUAACACUCUGGGAACUGAUGACCCUUGGUCAGACGCCGUACGCUGACGUGGACCCGUUUGAGAUGGCGGCCUAUCUCAGGGAGGGGUACAGGAUAUCGCAGCCAGUCAACUGUCCUGAUGAGCUGUUUGCAGUAAUGGCGUGUUGCUGGGCACUGUCUGCUGACGAGAGACCCAAGUUUGCUCAACUCCUGGUGUGUUUGCAGGACUUCUAUGCAGCACUGGGGAGGUUCAUUUGAAAUAUGUGGAAAGAAAAAGAAAGAAAGGAAGCAGGUUGUAGCAUUUGAAAGUCUCCAGCCAUUUCCACCUUGACAGCAUUUAUGAAGUCUAGAAGAGAGGAAAAAGUGAAGUCCAUCCAGUUCAACCAGAGUUAUUAAUCUGAAAUCUUUGAUGAAAAAAGGAAGAAAAGAAAGAGAAGUAGAUUGCGGUUACUGUAGACUUUAAAGCAGGAUUUUGGAAGAUGCUACACACAGCAGCAUUUAUUAGAAUUGCCACGCGAAGGAUAUCGGAGACAGUCACCGGUUUCAGAGAGCUGUCAUUUUAACUGACAGUUUCUAAUGGAAGUGUAUUGAAAGUGGGAUAAAACCACAUCCUGCAGUCAGGGUUGUAGGUCAGCAUUACAGAGAAAAUAUCAAGAAAAAUUUAUAUCAUUCAUUGGUGGGGUGGGGGGGAGAUUUUGACAGCUAUUAAUUUAAAAGGUUUUAUUCAGGGUCCAUUUGAGACAGUAAUGAUAUUUAUUUAACUAGUAGUUAAGGAUUAACUUUUCUCCAUCCAGUAACCAACAAGGAUACCCUGGCUGUUGCUGAAUGCUGAGGAUGGAGUGUAAUUAUGGCAGACAAGACAAUGCGUUUGUAUUAAUACAACAGAAGCUUCAAAGAUGCAAUGCACAAUAUCAUUCAAAAAUACAACCAUUCAUCAGUGUGAGGUCAGGGGCAGAACUGAAGAUGUGAAUAGAUUUGAUAGCUUUGUUAAACAGUUAUACUGGCAGUUAGCAUGGAAAACGGGAGAUGACAAUCAAAGUUUCAUGAGACAGCGAUGUUUUUUUUUUUUUUUUAUGAAAGAACAGUCUGAUAAAAAGUCAAUAAGUAAACCAGUAUAUCGCGAACAAAGGAGAAAAGACUCAAAAAGGGGCACAGGAUUUAGAAAAGAAAUGGUAUCAUAAAGGUUUAUGGCAUCAACCCAAAACCUAGUCAAUGAGGUCAUAAUAUUGUAGAUGGAGUCCAGGUGAUAAAAAGGUCAUUAAGGUCAGAGGUCAUAUCCAGGGGUCAUUGAGGUCAGAGGUCACCUGUGCUGCAAGUUCUCCACAGAAUCAAAAGAUCAAAAUGAAUUUUUUUUUUAAAUCACAGAACAACUCAUCUAGUCCACAUCCAUUUUAAAUAAUUUUUGCUAAAUUUUUCUUUUGGUGGAUUUUGUAAUUCUAUAUUUAGACUCUAGUCAUGCUUGAAUUUGGACAGAGUCCAGAGCAUUUUUUUUUUUUUUGUCUUUUUUCCCCCCUUCAAAAAUUUGUACAUUAUUUUAGUGGCUGAAUCUGGGUAAAUUUGUCACCUUAGAACAUCCAGUUUGCUCAUUUUGAUCCAAGCUUAAUUGCCAAGAUGUUUUUUUUUUUUUUUUUUUUUUUACAAAGUGAUAAGUAGUCACUCAGAAUAUGUCACGGGUGUUAGGUGGGGUUCAUUCUAUUAUCUCAUGUUAAAUAAGAAGUAGACGGCUCAUAAUAAUCAAUCCUGUCAACUUUAAAGUCUUAGCAUAUGUAUUAAAUCAGUUACUGAUGAGUUGAUUAAAAUAAGAUCAUGAUUUAAAUGUUUAGAAUUUCAUGUACAGAAGAAACUUUUCAGUACAGUGAAUUUAUCUAGUCACUUUUCUAAUAGAUCCUUCUGAAUUUUGAAAGGCAGAUCAUUUUCCUUGUAAGAGGGUGAUUUUAAAGUUAUUUAAGCUCUUGUGUAAAGUUUUUUUAACGAAACCAGAGGUGCUAAAUAUUUGUACUUGUAUGUAUGUAUGUACAUAUAUAAAUAUAAUUGUAUAUAAUAUUGUUAUUGUAUUGUACAUGGUUUCACUUGUUUUGUAUAGAAUACAUGUGUGAGGUAUGCUAUAAGUUAAGUAGGGUUUGCUUUUUAAAAGUAUUAAGGAUGUAUCCACAGUUAGUGACCAUAUUUCUGGACUUUUUAUAAGUCUUAUUUUUUUCUCUUGCUCAGCAAUAAAGUUUUAGUAGUACAAGUGUUUUAAAUGUUCGGCCUAUAUAGAUAAGAUUUUUUUUCUUAUAGCCUUUAUUCCAAUACAAAUUUUGUUUAAAGAUCUUAUUUUGUCUUUUGUACCACUGCAAUAGAAGCAAGUGAGAGUUUUACAA